UUCACUGCCAAGCAGUUGGUCGUGAACCUGGCGCAUAUCCCUUGAAUAUCGAUACUCGUCUUUUAAUAACAAAGAAGAAAAGAAAAACUAUCCCUUCCCAUACUCGACUUCUAGUCGUACGACCUUGUGUCUUCCUGCUACCGGAUUCUCGUGUCACCGACUGAACAUAAGAACCUCUCGACCUCGUGUCUCAUAUCCGUUCCUGGAGGAUGUCGCAUCGCCACGGUGAGGACCGCCCUCGUGGGCCGUCGCUGCAGAACGUGCUGAGGAUGCUGCUGUCGUCCAACCGCCCGACCGUCCCCGCCAGUGAGGAUAACGACCUGGUGGAGGACGUCGACGAACCUCCGGAUAAUCGUUUACACCAGUCUCCAUACUCGCAACACCCGCCCUCCGACCCCGUCUACGUCAAGUCGCCCACCGUCGUGACGGACAACCGCAAGGAAUCCCUGCUCACGCGGGCCUUGAUGGGCAGCCCUGAUCUGUCUGCCUCUGCUCAUGAUAGUCACUACAACUACUACCUGCACAGCAGCAACAUCAGCGGCCCGUCGACGGCGGAACUCACCAGCGAUGGGGAUCUCACGAGCCCCGCGCUGUCCAACGCCUCCAGCCCUCCUUUGCCUUCUCACUUCACGGGCCUGCAACCGACCAUAAUCGAUGGCACUGCUCCCCCUAAGACCGGUGGUGAAUCCGUGGUCGAAGCCAGCCUGGGACGCAAGCGUUGUAUCAGCUUCGCUUGUGGCCGCAAGCCGACUGAUGACAAGUCCGCAGAGCCGACGAAGCCUCAGCCUCAGACUCAGCCUCAACCCAAGGCUGACAGCCAGCCAGCGGAGCCUCCCAAGCGAAAGUGUGCCCUGACCUUCGCCUGUCCUACACGCUCUCACGAAACGAGAAGACAGCGGUCGUCCAGUCGCACAACCUCGUUGAGGUCGCGCCCUCGCCCCUCGCCCGCUCCUACCAUGCGUCGCGCCCAGACCGACCCCGACAUGUCACAGUCGCGUGGUCGCGUCCCGCCGUCUCCCAAGGCCGAGCGAAAACAGAGAGGAAUCCCCACGAGCGGUCUUGGCGGGUUCGAGCCCUCGGAGGAGACUCGCUUCCACGAAUUUGCCAGCUCAGAGGAGGAGGUCGACGAAUGGGUCAAGAAGGACACCCCGCAUGGAGAGAAGAUCACGCUGAACGAUUGCCUGCGUAAGGAGAACGCCAUCCGGAAGCUGGGUGAGGAGGCGGAAGCGGAAGCCCUGCAGGACGAAGAGGAUGAAGCAGAGGCUGAGGACGAGGAAAUGGACGACGAUGACACCGUCCAUGACUUCUCCUCUGACGACGAUGACGGAAACGAGUCGGACAACGAGGCAGGUUUCGCUGAUUCCGACGACGACAGCGACUGCGGUUCCGAAUACCGAUUCUGGGCUCCCUCGACCACGACCGCAGCCACGAGUGCUGACAACCUGGAUCUCGUGCGCCAGGCGGCCGAGAGGAGGAACUCCAACACCUCUCUCGAAUCUCUGAGGCAGGAGGAAUACCAGAAGUGGCUGCCGGCACCUGCUGUACGCGAGAAAGGACGAAGACCCUCCAAGCCCGUCAAGAUGCGUCCUGGCACGCCCAGUCUCCCGGACAGCACAGAUUUCGUCUGUGGAACUCUGGAUGAGGAUCGUCCGCUCGAGGCCGCCUACAAGUCCUGUCUGGAACAGCGUCGUCUGUCGAAACACGUCCCCAUUCCUCAGGAUAUUGAUCCCAGCUUCCCCACGACCGAUCCGGAAGACAAUGAGGACGAUUUCGACGACGAGGACGAUCUGAGAGACGUCGAGGAGGACACGGCCAAGAUCAAGCAGCAGCUGGUUGGGUUAGACGAAGAGUCUCUUCGGGGCAGACAGCGUAACACUACCCGGAAGAUGUCGCCUCGUCUCUCCCCCAGGCGGCCGCCCUCACCGGCUCCUCGCGCGCUUGGACAUUCGCCCAAGCGGGUUUCACCCAAGCGUCUCAGAUCGCCGGCUCCGCCUCCCCGAAUCAAGUCCCCUGCCCCCAUCUCCAAGCGGAUGGACAUGGACGACGUGUCCCACGCCCAGAUGAAUGGGGUGAACAUCACCGGCUUGGUCCAGCGCCCAUACCGCGCCCGCACCAAGUCGCUUCCGCGCACUCCCAACCCUUUCUUCACCAGCCUGGAGAAUGCCCACAAAAUGAAUGAACUCUUGUCUUCUGCACGUGACGCUUCCCGGCCCGUCGAGAUGCAUAAUCGUGGGCCCAUCGACAUUGUCGAGGGUCUGGAAAAGAAGCGUCAGAAGCGCAAGGAAAAAUACUGGCGCCAACACUGCCGCAAAGCUGCCAAAGAGCAGAUGGAGCGGCGGCCUCUCCCUGGAAAGGGGGCCGAACGGAUGAAGGAGCUUGGCCUCGAAGUUGCUGAGAGGUUCAGAGCAUACGGCGUUGGCCAGGACGCCCAGCUCGUCCUAUCUGUUUGAAGCCCCAAAAUUCUUUCCAUGGGUUUACCCUGAAUAUACACUUUAUUAAACUUCUCGAAGUCUUCUGUUCUACUUUCUCUCUUCGACCACCCCCCAAUUCUUGUACAUAUUUUACGUUUCCUUACAAGGGAUCUAUCUUCCUUGAUGGAAAAGAACGCACCCGUGU